CAGUGUUUAGUGUGAGUCACUCCGCUCUUCCUGUGCGCUGACAUGAUGGAAGCUGACGGUACGUUGGUCUCAGGUCCGUUUCAGAAAGUCCCUCUGUCUCAGCUGGACUUCAGUGGUCAGCCAUACUCCGUGUCCGUCCUGAAAGUCGGCUACUGUCAGUCUCAGACAGACGGGACGUUUAGAGCGGACGGAACCAUUACGCUCAUAAACGGACCCAAGACCGUUCUGGUGGACACCGGAGGACCGUGGGACCGAGACUUCCUCCUCGUGUCUCUAAAAGACAGAGGUCUGGACCCAGGACGUGUAAACCUGGUCGUGGGGACUCACGGGCAUUCAGACCACAUCGGCAAUUUAGGUUUAUUCCCGAACUCACUGUUGAUCGUCGGCUACGACGUCAGUGAGGGUGACACGUACCGACCCAACCAGCUGGCGCAAGGACAGGCUUACUUUGUAGAUGAGCAUAUAUCAGUGGUUCCCAGUCCAGGCCACACAGGACAAGACGUCAGUGUUCAGGUGAAAGGGACCUCAGAGGGCACAGUGCUUGUUGCGGGGGACUUAUUUGAGUGCUGCUCGGAUGAGGACAGCUGGCGGGACCUAAGUUUGAACACUGCUGUACAGGAGAUCAGCCGCCAAGAAGCCCUCCGCACUGCCGAUGUCAUCAUCCCCGGACACGGGGCUCCGUUCAGAGUCAUCAGGAAACGAUGAAGCAAGAGAUUAUGCAAAGAGACGUGAUUGACAGUUACAGCUCGGCUUGAUGCACAGGCUCUCGGUUACCAGGCAACCACCUGGCUCCACAUGAAAGAGACCAAUGAUCAAAGUUCAUUCACUGAUCAGGAUGUUUGUGCUGGUCUCGGUGUGUAUCAACCUGUCUGUGUUCAACACCAACGAUGACGAUGGAGCACAAGCCUCCAGAUUAUGAAAUAACCCUGCACCUCACUCAGCCGAGAACCAGCUCUGACACUGGUGAUGUCUAAAUUACAUCAAAAAUGAAUAUAUUAAAGCGUUUAAGUGA